AUGCAGACAGAGAGUGGCAGAGUGCAGGGAGGAGUGGAGGAAGACGCGGUGGCUGCCAGAAAGGAAGAGGCGCUGGACGACGACGGCUGGACGGGGCUCGACGAUGGAGGACGAAGGGGCAUUCAAAGAACUUCCAUAGAGGAGAAAGACGCAGCGUUUGCCGAGUUGAGUGUCACCGCCACACAUCACUCACCACUCACCACUGACCGUCGCUCCUCUUUGCCUUCCUGCACUGAUCGUCGCUGCGCUGCCCAUACCAUUGUUGAUCUCUGCACUUCUCGUCGUCCUCUCUGUGCUCACGUCGUCAAUAAGCUACUGAAACUUAAGGCAAUGAAAGAAUCUGUUUCAACAAAACCUGCUAUCUUUGCCAUGUCUAACCCUACCAUGAAUGUUGAGUGCACUGCUAUUGAUGCUUUUAAGCAUGCCGGAGGAGAUAUCGUAUUUGGAAGUGAAAACCCUUUCGAAAAUGUAUAUAUUAGUAAUGGAAAAGUGGGUCAUGUAAAUCAAGCCAACAUGUAUUUGUUCCUAGGUCUUUUAUUUUAAACUUUCUAUUUUUGAAUUGAUCUAGGAUCACUUUUGUUAGGUGCUCGGCUAAUAACAGAUGGAAUGUUACAGGCUGCUGCUGAAUGCCUUGCUUCAUACAUGUUAGAGGAAGAUAUCUCAAAAGGAAUCCUGUAUCCAUCCGUUGAUAGCAUUCGAAAUGUAACAACAGAGGUUGGUGCUACUAUUUUUCGAGCAGCAGUUGAAGACAACUUGGCAGAAGAGCAUGGUGAUGUAGGGCCCAAGGAACUUGCAAAGAUGUCAAAAGAGGAGACAGUGGAGUACGUCGCAAGAAAUAUGUGGUACCCUGUGUAUUCUUCUCUUGUUCAUGAAAAAUAG